AGCCUGCCUCUUCUUCUAAUUUAACUUCAAGAGGGUGUCAUCAUUCUAGAAGGUGAUUUGGUCCUGCAAGGAGGACACAACUCCGUGCCCAAGGACAUCGGAACAAGAGUUCCUGCGACCAGCCGGUUCCUCCCACAUCCACCAUGAUGGUCCUCCUUCCUUCCCUCCUUCUUAUCCUCGCCUGCCUGUCAGGAUCCUUCGGCCAUGAAGACCUCGAGAAGAAGGUCUUCGUUUUCCCGGCCGCGAACAAGAAGGCCGCCGUGGAGUUGAAAGCCUCCAUUCCCGAUCCCGUGACGAAUUUCACCGUCUGCAUGAGGUUUAGCUCCCUCCAGGCCAAGUACUAUAUCCUCUUCUCUUACUCCACCAAGCCCAACAGCAAGGCUUUCCAGAUCAUCAAGCCCAACCCCAGCCAGAUCAACCUUCAAAUAGGUGGGAUGACACAGAUUAUUGUGACUCGGAAGGUGUUAACUUCGGAGUGGCAGCACAUCUGCGUGGCAUGGAACUCCACCAGUGGAGUGGUCUAUUUUUGGCACAAUGGCGAACUCCUCCCUCGCUUCGUAAUGAAACCGGGUUACAAGAUCGGCCAAAACGGAACCAUCUUUCUGGGGCACAACCAAGAUUCCUGGGGGAAGAGGGAAAGCUUUGUGGGGGAAAUGGCAGAUGUAAACAUGUGGCUGCGAGUCUUGAAACCUGACGAAAUUAAUUUGGUAAAGAAAAAUAAUGAGGUCCCGAAUUCUCUGGUCAGCUGGAAAGCCCUGAAUUAUACGGUUUGGGGCGAUGUCCGCGUGGAAGAGGGUUUGCACCAGGUUUCUUGAGUUUCUGAAAAGUUUGAAAAAGGAGAAAAAUAGGG